AUGUCUCGUCGACCGGUACUCCGUAAUUUCGUCAAUCUGGGGAGCCUGUACAGCAUUCGGCCUUGGAAGUCUGUACCUUCCCUGUAUAACUCUGUGAAUUUGGGGAGCCUGUACGCCCCCAGCAAACGAAAGGACCCCUCCGGAUAUGCAUACUUUGAGGAUGGGUCCGUCUUUAUACAUCCUCAGGAAUGGCUUCCUCACGAUGCCUUCGAAGCGCAUAUGAAGAUAGUCGCGCAUUUUGUAAGUGGGCCUACACCCAAGAUGCAGGCAAUUCGCAAACAAGACCCGCAUAGGACGCGCCUCGUCAUAAUCGACAGGAACUGGAAACUGAAAAACACAUUCCGCAUCACGGCCCGCAACGCCCAGGACAACCAAAGAGUAUCAGUCGUCGACCAGCCCUUCGAAGACGUUGAAUUGACUCUCGACUCCACCAAAAGCCGCCCCAUCUCCGCAAGCUUCAACGACGCCCCCUUGUUGGAUAAAUGGGACAGGUUGCGGAAUAGCGAGGCUCUAGAGACGUUUCGGGGUACGCUGAUCGAUGGCAUCUUGCAACCCAACGUUCGCUUGGGGAAUGGUCUACACCUGUCGCCUAAACCGCAGAUAAAAAAGCCCCUGUUAGCGGAGGAGAAGCAGGCGCGAAACCCCGAGGCCAAAAGACCUCGUGAAGCCGCGGGACUGCCUCCAAAGGCACCAGCGAGGCCCCUUCACUCGCUAGAUGUACAGUCUCCGGCGGGUCCACCUCUGCCUUCCAAAGUACACAAACCGAAGCCUCCCCGACAAGCACCACCCCAAGAGCGUGACGUGGAGCUUCGAGAAGCUCAAUUGGCACAGAGAGAGCGGGAGCUCAUACAACUACAACAAGAACUCUUGCGGCAGACUUUGCGCAUUCAGAGUACACUGCCGCGUCAAGACAGGCAUUCUCGGUUCUCCCCUCACCAUGACACCAACGCAAACAAGCAUCGGACACGCGGACCAACCGAAGCGAGUUUUCGUAGCGAGUAUGACACAACAGCUGCGGAUAUAGAGGCAAAGGAAAAGGCGCUCGCGCAACAGGAAAUGCUCUUGAGAUACAAGCGCAAGGCAUGGCUUCUCGAACAGAAGCUUGCUCGGGUUCAGAGUACCGGACGUCCCCAAUCUAGGCGCGCAGCUCGUCGAUACGGUACGGAAGUUCAGGAACACGACGCGCAGCACUCCCCUGAUUACCCAUUGGGGAAGGAAAAUGUGCCAGAUGCGCAGCAUGACUACGACGACGUCCCUGUUGCCUUCGAUUUGGAUCAUGCAUCGCCAACUGAAGCCCUGGAAACGCUGAGAUCUCGCAUCCGGCUUCCUACCAGAGGAACGAUGCGCUCACGUCGGAACCCACGCUGA